GGGCACAAGAUAAGUCCAGCUUUCAUGAUCUUAAAUGUAACUAGAUUGUUUGGCUUAUCUCCAUAAGGAAUGUGCAUGCCAGUCUCUUAAUCAGACAUUACAGUCUAACCCAAAAUCUUUUGUCAACAUACAUAUAUAUAUUAAGAGAUCUAAAAUACUAGAGCUGUCUUCUCUUGGAUACAAAAGAACUCAGGGAAAAAAAAAUUAAAUAAGGGAGACGAAGAUUGUUGAGAAAGGAAAAAGAAGAAAAGAGAGUCAAUUAUUCAUUCCAAUGUUUUCAAGAGCCUGAAGAGAGACCAGCUGCUUCUCGAACCCGUGAAAAGUCUAUGCAGAAAGCUUGAACCUCUAUGAAUAGAUCCUAGUGUGAAUAGAUCCAACAUUUACCAAAACAGAAACAUUUCAUCAAAACUUAAAUUACACAUUUCACAUGUAUUCCUAUUCCUAGUGUGAAUGUGUCUGUUUAUCUCUCUCUUUUUUUUUUUUUUUUUUUUUGAAACAAAAUGUGUCUGUUUAUCAUUCUCCGUCUUACUGGCAAAGCAAAACACCAAAUCUGAUAGCAAUAAGUAAAAAAAGAUGAGAAGAGAAUACAUACGAAGCAGGAAGUGAUGGAGGUCUUGUAUGGAUUCAUUAGAUGACUAUUGAGAAAAAGAGCGAAGACGAUUAUUGGCUACUAAUAAUAAAUUUCAAUCCUGCUAAUACUAAGAAUUACUAAGCCAACUAAAGACCACUAAGACAACUACUUUGACCGAGUUACUCGGUCUUAUUCAAAGCAUGACUAACAAACUUAAGACUGAAACAAAUACCCACUCUAACGACUUCUUUUCUCCAAUAAGCGAAAACGCCAUGUCUUUCUUUUUCAACAGUGAAUAGCCAAUAGUGAACGCCGUUCAUAUGUGACUUUAUUAUAUCCCAGAUACAUGUUUGUAUAUCUGAACUUGAAACCUUAUCUCAUGGCUUCUUCUUCUCCCUCGCUUUGCACACUUAAUUACAACGCCUUCACGAGCUUCCACAGACCUGACGUCGGUAAAACCUUUAUUAGUCAUUUACAAAAACAGUUUACCAGCAAUAGGAUUACGAUGUUCGAUGAUGAAGGAGUCGAGAGAGGACACACCAUCGACCCUGCUCUCACACAAGCGAUUAGAGAAUCAACGAUCUCUAUUGUGGUGCUCACCAAGAACUAUGCUUCCUCCAGCUGGUGUCUGGAUGGCCUUUUGGAGAUUUUAAAAUGCCGCCAAGCUGGUAAACUAAUAGUGAUGCCAGUCUUCUACGGAGUACGACCAAAUGAUGUGCAGAGACAGACCGGAGAUUUCGGGAAAGGUUUCGAGAAAACUUGUCGUGGUAAAACAAUUUUGGACAAGGGAAGAUGGAGUCAAGCUUUGAAUAAAGUGUGCAGUUUGCAGGGGUUUAUGUUCAGUCCCAGGGACGAUGAAUCAGAGCUAUUUGAAAAGAUUGGUAGAGAAGUGACAGGAAUCUUACAGAGGAUUGAAUAUCUUAUUGCUAGAGAAGACACGCUAAAUCCUACAACUUCGACCAACAAAAGCCGGUGUUCCAUUGAUUUGGUCUUCCUCGUCGUCAUCAUCAAUUUGCUCCUGGAGAUUACAUCAGCGGUUGCAGACCAGCUCUCUUCAUCAACUCGCAAGCCUUGUUUCGCAAGAAUCUCUUUAGUCAUGUCAAUUCUCUCUCUUAUCCUCACCAUCAUUGACUUCACUGACAAAAUCAGAGUCCAUAAAGUUCAUUUCCGAUGCAAGUUGCCUAUUCCUUGGUUCUACUAUCCAGCACGUGACUACAGUACAAGAUUUGGUAGUUCCACAGAUAAUAUCUUAUUAUUCUGUGUUGUUGGUCAGUUAAUAGUCUCCACGAUCAAUUUCAGCUUCACUGAAAGAGGACGAGACGGUCCCAUUAAAGUAUCAGUGUGGCCUCUCGUAUUUGCUAUUGGUAUAGUUGUCUCCAAGUUCACGGAGAAGCCACCCAUUUCGAAGAAUAAUUAACUCUCUAUCGAAAAUAUGUAUUGAUGUUUACCAAAAAAAAGAAAAUAUGUAUUGAUUGCUUUUAAAAAUCGUAAAGAAUAAAGACAAGUGUUUUAAAGGUUGGAUUACAUGUUAAUUUAGUAGGAAAGAAAAAAACGUUGAGUUUAAUAACACUCUACACUUGUAAUUUUAUUCUAAAUCUUGUCAAUAUUUUAGUUAGGUGAUAUACAAAGGGAAAUACCUAAGAUAACACUAAAAAGUUUUUUUUAUCACAAAUAUAGAUUUUAAAAAUCAAAAUUACCAAAAUGUUUUAUUAAAGAGGUAAAUAUACACUUAUAAUCUUAGAUUUAACUAAUCCAAACAUUAGUGUUUAGAGUUAAAGGUGAGAUUUGGUUUGAGGUUUAAAAUUUUAUAAAAUAGAAAAUAAAUAUUAAAAAUUUGAAAAUAAAAAUUUUAAAAAUAUUUUCAAAAAGUAUUUUCGAAUUACAAAAAGAAAAUUAAAAAAAAAAUUUGAAAAAAAAAAUUACAAAAAA